AUGUCGGCAAAUAAAAAGAAGAACUUGAAUUCCAUGGAGGAAGAUCCAACGGCCGACGACUCGGAUAGCUCAAGUGAGGAUAAUGAUGAUGAUGAGCCUCAUCCUGAUGCCUAUACCGGCAAUGAGGAAGUGGAAAUUGAUUUCGAAGGUCGUGCCCCCACUGAUCCAGAUUGUCAUGGAAUUUCACAACUGUUACAGCGCGUGUUCUUGCGAGCGCCAGUAAACACCAUGCAAAUGGCUGAUAUGAUAAUUGCUCAGAAUUAUGUGGGCAGUGUUAUUUGCCAAUGUGAACCAGAUGGUGCUGAGAGUGACAUGGACGAUGAUAUGGUCGAAGAAGGCACAAUAUUUGGUAUUACAACAGUCAUCAAUAUGACGGCAAAAAAGGACAUUGCUUGCAUUGAGCAAUUGCGUGGAUAUAUAAUACAGCGAGCUGAAAAAAAUGCGCCAGAUUCAGUAUUGACACACCUACGAGAUGUGCUUGGAAAUGAGGGGCGACCAGUGGGAUUUCUUAUCAAUGAACGUUUCAUAAAUAUUCCAGCACAAAUCUCAGUGCCGUUACUGGAGAAUUUACAUAAAGAAGUGCUAACAGCUAAACAAAAGGGCAUGCAAUUUAACUUCAGUUAUUUUAUAAUGAUAAUUAAAUUCUAUCGCAAAGAGGCACGCAAGGGAAAACCUGUUGAAGAUACAUAUACGAAUGCCGAAGAGGAAGUAAUUAGUUCCAAAGCAGUAAAUUCCUUCGAAUAUUCGGUUGCAGACGAAUGCGAUGUUGGUAUGAGUGGAGAUUGGCUAGAAGGCGACGCGACAUUAACACCUUAUCGCAAAAUUAUCUUACUUGACGCAAAGGAGCUACCACAUUUAAUUGACGAUAUUAGAAAUUACAUCAGUGGAGUGUAAAAAUUAUAUAAAAAAGUAUUGUAAAUAAUUUA